CGCAGAUCCAACCGCCAAAGAGAUGAUUAUUGACCAUAUAAAAGGACAGAAGCUUUUCGUGACUGAAUCACCAUUUUCUUCUUCUUCAUCAUCUUUAUCAUCUUCAUCUUCUUUGCGUGUAAGUUUCAUUGCUCAAAAAGAAUUCAGAUAUGGAGAGAGCGAUCAACAGGCAGCGAGUUUUGCUCGACCACCUUCGUCCUACUUCUUCAUCCGCCGAAUCUUCUAAUCUCUCUGCAUCAGUAUGUUUAGCUGGGGAUAGCGCUGCAUACCAAAGGACUAAUGUGUUUGGUGACGACGUGGUCAUUGUUGCAGCAUAUCGUACCCCACUUUGCAAAUCCAAACGUGGGGGCUUUAAGGACACUCACGCUGAUGAUCUCCUCGCACCGGUUUUGAAGGCAUUGAUAGAGAAAACCAAUUUGAAUCCGAGUGAGGUUGGGGAUAUCGUUGUGGGUACAGUCUUGGCACCAGGUUCCCAAAGGGCAAGUGAAUGCAGGAUGGCUGCAUUCUAUGCUGGUUUCCCUGAAACUGUUCCGAUAAGAACUGUGAACAGGCAAUGUUCAUCCGGGCUUCAGGCAGUUGCGGAUGUAGCUGCUGCGAUUAGAGCGGGAUUUUAUGAUAUUGGUAUUGGUGCUGGAUUGGAAUCAAUGACAAUGAAUCCAAUGGCAUGGGAAGGGUCAGUCAACCCAAAAGUGAAGAUCUUCGAACAAGCCCAGAAUUGCCUUCUUCCCAUGGGGGUUACCUCGGAAAAUGUUGCGAGUCGCUUUGGUGUAUCAAGGAAGGAACAGGAUCAGGCUGCUGUCGAGUCUCAUAGGCGGGCUGCUGCAGCUACUGCUGCUGGUAAAUUUAAGGAUGAAAUCAUUCCUGUGGCCACCAAGAUUGUUGACCCCAAAACUGGUGGCGAGAAACCAGUUACAAUUUCUGUUGAUGACGGUAUCCGGCCCAACACAACAUUGUCAGAUCUGGCAAAGCUGAAGCCGGUGUUUAAGAAAGAUGGGACCACCACCGCAGGUAAUUCUAGCCAGGUUAGUGAUGGUGCUGGAGCUGUUCUCCUCAUGAAGAGGAGUGUUGCGGAGAAGAAAGGAUUGCCAAUUCUUGGUAUAUUCAGGAAUUUUGUUGCUGUAGGUGUGGAUCCUGCCAUCAUGGGUGUUGGCCCUGCUUUUGCAAUUCCUGCGGCAGUGAAGGCUGCUGGUCUCGAGCUGGAUGAUAUUGAUCUCUUUGAGAUAAAUGAGGCAUUUGCUUCCCAAUUUGUAUAUUGCCGUAACAAGUUGGGUCUUGAUCCUGAAAAGAUCAAUGUUAAUGGUGGUGCAAUGGCUAUUGGACAUCCUUUGGGUGCAACAGGUGCUCGUUGUGUUGCUACUUUAUUGCAUGAGAUGAAGCGUCGUGGCAAAGACUGCCGUUUUGGCGUGAUAUCAAUGUGCAUAGGCACAGGAAUGGGGGCGGCUGCAGUGUUUGAAAGGGCCGGUCACACGGAUGAGCUUUGCAAUGCGAGGGUGGCCGCAACCAAUAGUCUCCUAUCCAAAGAUGCUCGGUAGUCAAUUAUCAUUUGCUGCAGUUCCUACCAAUAAUGUCAUGGUUGCGAUUGCAAAAUCAUAGCAGGGAGAUGUAAUAAGAUUGGUGUUAUUUCUUCUUAAAGAAUCCUGUCAUAGGGGGAUUGGUUCUGUUUGUUUACACAAACACACUGAAGCAAAGCAAUUAGUAACUUAAUAUAUAUAUAUAUAUAUAUGUUAUACGUAA